UUGCUACCCUCAAUGAUUUCCCAUUCCUCAUGUCUUGGUUGGACCAACGUGGAGAUAGUUGUCUUUUGAAAGAUAUUAUUGCUUUCAUUCAAAAUAAUGAACAAAAAUGGAAAGUAACGAAGAAUACCAAACUUUCCGUGGAAUGUCCCGAGGGAAAUAUAACUAUGGACUAUGCGCAGCAGUUUAGCUGGAGAGACACAUUCUCCUUAGCACCCCAGGAACAUCUUUUCAAGUUAACCUGCUUAAGUGAUGUAUUAUUUUUGGUUUUACCGGGUCUGUCCAUCAUUGUUACCGGCAACCAGAUAUACUGUAGACAAAGUGGUGUGAAAGAGGCCGAGGCAGUGGAGUCUUGGUUAACCUUCUUAGAAACAUGCUCUUCAGUCAAAUCAAUGGGAGUUGCUCUGGAAGGAGAGCAAGCAGCUGUUGAAGAAUUAUUUCCCAUUUUGAUACAGUUUGUUGGAGACUUUCUUCGUUUUCUUUGGAAUAGGUGGAAAAGUGUGGACUACAGCUGCCCUUCUAAGAAAGACUUGCAAUCUAGUGUUUGGAGAGAGUUGGCUCAAAACUGGAUCAGUUCUUUUCAUCAGUUACUUACAGAAAUGAAGUUAUUUGUUUCUAUGGUCAGCUCUGGAUCAGCAUAUGAUGGAACUAUUACACGUAUGUUACCUUCACCAGUUGUUUUCAUUGAUGAAAUGUCGGAGCUGCUGAACGAAAUGUAUCAGUGGCAAAAAACUGUUGACCGAGUCGAUAAUCUGAUUCCUCUUUAUUUUCACCAGCAAGAAACUCUUCUCUUGAAACUGGAUUUGCCCAUUGUUACAGGUAGCGCAUUUUUUGGAUUUGUUCUUUUGGUUAUGAGUUUCACUUGCAUGAAUAUUACCAUUCCUCCUUAUAAUAGUCCGAAUAUUAUCCAAAUUUGGGCAGUUUUCAUAAGCAUUUUAGUCUUGUUAUUGUUCUUUUCUUUUUCUUCGAUGUUUUACUGGUUACGCAAGAAUGCACCUCUUACGGACCUGUAAAUAUAUUCUUUGCUUAAUCAUUUGCCUCGUCUAUUUUAUUUUUUGGCUUUUUUCUAUUGUAUAUAUUUUACUGUUUUUUUGUCGACUAGCAUAACUUUGCAUUUCGAAAAGAGAUUGUUGUCUUUGAGCUGUAGUAAUAGAGCAGCGUCUAUGGGAAGAAAUGUUUAGUGAUACAACGACGUUUUGAUGCUCUGCAAAAAUACCAAUCACUAUAAUGGUUUAUUCAUUCUAAUUGGAUAGUCCCAUUUUAUAGGUAAACGUGAGAAAUCACAAGUUGAACUUAGAAACGAGUCUCACAUUUGUUUUGUGCUUUGCAUCGCUCACUUUGAAGUUAGAGUCGGUACUUUUCUCAUGUUUCUGCUGCAUACUUUUUUGUGAAAUUACACUUUGACUCCAUCACCUUUUACAAAUAUAUGUACGUUUCUAUCCAACUAGAGAAAAGAUAAGGAACAACUCUUCAACCAUACAAGGAGAAACUCGAACUUUUUAAAUAUCUAUUCUUAGCAUCCACCUGGGUGAUUUUACUACUGAAAGAAACAUAUAAUGGAAAUUUCUAGCUAUUUCCAAACAAACAAAUGUCGAACGGAAAUGCUCAG